CAACCACUUGUAACCUGCACGGUCUCAAACAGAGUACGGAGAACAGCAACCGUCGGUAGUCGAGAUCUGUCGCGUGCACAGAAGAACCACACUAGAACCGGACUGAAAAAAAAACCACAAAACCUGUCAGACCAUCGGAGAAGUGAACUAAAACGAGCCUGAGUGUAAACGGAGCCUUUGUUUUCAGAAGCAGCAGGGAGCCGAACCGGAGGAAAAGAUGAGUUUUCUGCCAUAUUUCUCCGCUGAGACGUGGACCCUCCUGGCACUCCUCAUCACCCUCAUUCUGGUGUAUGGGUACUGGCCCUAUGGUGUGUUCACUAAGAUGGGUGUCCCUGGUCCCAAACCCCUACCUUACUUUGGCACAAUGAUGGAGUAUAGAAAGGGCAUCACAAACUUCGACACAGAGUGCUUUCAGAAGUACGGGAGAAUUUGGGGGAUCUAUGAUGGGAGGCAGCCUGUUCUGUGUAUCAUGGACAAAAGCAUGAUCAAGACCGUCCUGAUUAAAGAGUGUUACAACAUCUUCACCAACCGCAGGAACUUCAUGUUUCUGAGCGGCGAGAUGUUUGAUGCGGUGUCCGUUGCCGAGGACGAUACAUGGAGACGGAUCCGCAGUGUCCUCUCGCCUUCCUUUACCUCUGGACGACUAAAAGAGAUGUUUUGUAACAUGAAGCAGCACUCUGCUAACCUGUUGAAUGGAAUGAAGAAGCAGGCAGAUAAAGACCAGACCAUCGAAGUGAAGGAGUUCUUUGGGCCCUACAGUAUGGAUGUGGUCACCAGCACAUCCUUCAGUGUGGACAUUGACUCUCUGAACAACCCUUCAGACCCCUUCGUCUCCAACGUCAAGAAGAUUCUCAAGUUUGACCUGUUCAACCCACUGUUCCUCCUAAUCUUGCUGUUUCCCUUCAUAGGUCCUAUCUUGGAGAAGAUGAAGUUUACCUUCGCCCCUACUGCGGUGAUGGACUUCUUUUACGCCUCGCUGGCUAAGAUCAAAUCUGGACGUGACACUGGGAACUCAACUAAUCGGGUGGAUUUCUUACAACUGAUGAUUGACUCUCAGAAAGGCAGCGACACAAAGACAGGAGAGGAACAGACUAAAGGACUGACUGAUCAUGAGAUCUUGUCUCAGGCCAUUAUCUUCAUCUUCGCCGGCUACGAGACCAGCAGCAGUACUAUGAGUUUCCUGGCCUAUAACCUGGCAACCAACCCCCAUGUCAUGACCAAACUGCAGGAGGAGAUAGAUACUGUGUUCCCUAACAAGGCUCCAAUCCAGUACGAAGCUCUGAUGCAGAUGGACUAUUUGGACUGUGUGUUGAACGAGUCUCUGAGACUGUACCCCAUCGCCCCGCGACUGGAGAGGGUCGCCAAGAAGACGGUGGAGAUCAACGGCAUCGUCAUCCCCAAAGACUGCGUUGUCAUGGUUCCCACGUGGACCCUCCACCGUGACCCAGAGAUCUGGUCCGACCCUGAGGAGUUCAAACCAGAGAGGUUCAGUAAGGAGAACAAGGAGUCUAUUGAUCCGUACACGUACAUGCCGUUUGGGGCGGGGCCCAGGAACUGUAUCGGGAUGCGCUUCGCCCUGAUCAUGAUCAAACUGGCCAUGGUCGAGAUCCUCCAGAGUUUCACUUUCUCCGUCUGCGACGAGACCGAGGUGUUUUUCCGACGGGAUACAAUAAUCCCUUGCAACCUGCACGGUCUCAAACAGAGUACGGAGAAGAGCAACGAACGAUCGGUAGUCGAGAUCUGUCGCGUGCACAGAAGAACCAGACUAGAACCGGACAGAAAAAAACAACUCAAAACCUGUCAGACCAUCGGAGAACUGAACUCGAACGAGCCUGAGAGAAAACGGAGCCUUUGUUUUCAGAAGCAGCGGGGAGGCGAACCGGAGGAAAAGAUGAUGAGUUUUCUGCCAUACUUCUCCGCUGAGACGUGGACCCUCCUGGCACUCCUCAUCACCCUCAUUCUGGUGUAUGGGUACUGGCCCUAUGGUGUGUUCACUAAGAUGGGUGUCCCUGGUCCCAAACCCCUACCUUACUUUGGCACAAUGAUGGAGUAUAGAAAGGGUUUCACUAACUUUGACACAGAGUGCUUUCAGAAGUAUGGGAGAAUCUGGGGGAUCUAUGAUGGGAGACAGCCUGUUCUGUGCAUCAUGGACCAAAGCCUGAUCAAGACCGUCCUGAUUAAAGAGUGUUACAACAUCUUCACCAACCGCAGAAACUUCAUGUUUCUGAAUGGUGAGCUGUUUGAUGCGUUGUCCUUUGCCGAGGACGAUACAUGGAGACGGAUCCGCAGUGUCCUCUCACCUUCCUUUACCUCUGGACGACUAAAAGAGAUGUUUGUUAUCAUGAAGCAGCACUCUGCUAACCUGCUGAAUGGAAUGAAGAAGCAGGCAGAUAAAGACCAGACCAUCGAAGUGAAGGAGUUCUUUGGGCCCUACAGUAUGGAUGUGGUCACCAGCACAGCCUUCAGUGUGGACAUUGACUCUCUGAACAACCCUUCAGACCCCUUCGUCUCCAACGUCAAGAAGAUGAUCAAGUUUGACAUGUUCAACCCACUAUUGCUCCUAGUCGUGUUGUUUCCCUUCACUGGUCCUAUCUUGGAGAAGAUGAAGUUUUCUUUCUUCCCGUCUGCGGUGACAGACUUCUUUUACGCCUCGCUGGCUAAGAUCAAAUCUGGACGUGACACUGGGAACUCAACUAGUCGGGUGGAUUUCUUACAACUGAUGAUCGACUCUCAAAAAGGCAACGACACAAAGACAGGAGAGGAACAGACUAAAGGACUGACUGAUCAUGAGAUCUUGUCUCAGGCCAUGAUCUUCAUCUUCGGUGGCUACGAGACCAGCAGCACUACUAUGAGUUUCCUGGCCUAUAACCUGGCAACCAAUCCCCACACCAUGACCAAACUGCAGGAGGAGAUAGAUACUGUGUUCCCCAACAAGGCUCCAAUCCAGUACGAAGCUCUGAUGCAGAUGGACUAUUUGGACUGUGUGUUGAACGAGUCUCUGAGACUGUACCCCGUCAUGCUGCGACUGGAGAGGGUCGCCAAGAAGACGGUGGAGAUCAACGGCAUCGUCAUCCCCAAAGACUGCGUUGUUCUGGUUCCCACGUGGACCCUCCACCGUGACCCAGAGAUUUGGUCCGACCCUGAGGAGUUCAAACCAGAGAGGUUCAGUAAGGAGAACAAGGAGUCUAUUGAUCCGUACACGUACAUGCCGUUUGGGGCGGGGCCCAGGAACUGUAUCGGGAUGCGCUUCGCCCUGAUUAUGAUCAAACUGGCCAUGGUCGAGAUCCUCCAGAGUUUCACUUUCUCCGUCUGCGACGAGACAGAGAUCCCAUUGGAGAUGGACAUCCAGGGUAUGCUGAUGCCCAAACGACCAAUCAAACUGAGGCUGGAGCCCCGUAGCAACAUCCCUAGCAACACCACCACCACCUCUCUGAAGAGUUAAACAACGUGACCAAAUGCAGGAGUACCGUACCCUAGAGCACCCUACCCUACCCUAGAGCACCCCACCCUACCCUAGAGCCCCCCACCCUACCCUAGAGCACCCUACCAUACCCUACUUCACCCAACCGUACCCUACUUCACCCAACCCUACCCUAGAGUACCCAACCCUACCCUAGAGUACCUAACCCUACCCUAGAGUACUCUACAUUGGAGAACCCUACCCUACCCUAGAGCACCCUACCCUACAGCAACCUACCCUGGAGAAUCCUACCCUACCAUAGAGUAACCUACCCUGGAGCACGCUGUUCUACCCUAGAAUACCCUACUCUACCCUAUAGCACCCUACCCUACCCUAGAGUACUCUACUCUACCCUAGAGUACUCUACCCUAACCUACAGCACCCUACCCUACCCUAGAGUACCGUACCCACCCUGGAGUUCGCUACCCUGUUCUGCUGUCCAGUCAUUCCUGUAACCGAGUAUCUCUCCCUUCCAAGGGCAGAGUCUGUUUAGUACCUUUACAGGAAAGAAAAACAUAAAACAUUUUGAAUCAGAAGAUAAUAUUGCAGCUUAUAAUCAGUUGGAAUACCAAGUUCGCAUCUUACGUCAUACUUUUCUUGCCGUCUAGUUUAAUAUAUUUUGAAUGUGAUCUAUGGCAUUAUUUAGGAUCCUUAAGACAUGAGCUUCUACUAAACUAAAUAAAACAAAUCAUUAGAAUAACGGUGUGGUUUCACAUAAAACUAUUUUAGAAAUAGUGUGCCUUGAAACGGAAGCAAACAGAACGAACAGAACAAAACGUGGAGGGACAUACCUCAAUUUAUCCCAAUAGAAACUCUCAUUUUGCUCUGUGUGCUUUCAUUUAGUUCCUAAACGUUAAAAGUUUUCCGUAAUGAAUAUGCCCCUGUUCUCUCUGCCAAUCAUUCACCAUCCCUCCCUGCUUCGCUUUUCACCUCUCACACAGUCUCCCUCCUAUCUCCUUAUUGUGUCGUGAACAACAUUUGCCUGAGCAACAAUAGUAGAAUCGGCGGUUCGGUUUUCAAAAUAAAAGUUACCCAUUGAAACUGA